GCCCCACACAUCACAAUAAUGGGGAACGCUCAAAGUGAAGAAGAUCGGCUUUUCUUCUUCCAACAGAACAGUGAGCAACCCUUAAUUAAGAAACGUUAUAGAAAGCUUCCAGAGGAUCUGCCCGAGGGGCUCAAGUUUGCUCAUCUUCACCCCAAAGUCGCUGCUCUGUAUGCUCAGAAAGAGCGUGAAAGUCAACGUGCAGCUGAAAAAGAUCCAUUUGGGGAUGGUCUAGGAAGUAAAAGUUUGUUGCCAAAUAUUAACCAAGCAGUGACCCAUAUUAAAAAUAGACUUGACAGUGCAUUGUCUAAUGAUGAAGACUCUCAGAGAUUUUUAUUUGAAGACACCAAGGCCCAAGCGAUUUCGGUUUUGCAACAGUUGGCCAAGUAUUUAUAUUUUUAUGAUGACAUAGCUAGUCAUGUGCCAAAGAGUUUAGAGUACCAGCUGAUGAGUAAUUGGAAAGACUUGACCAGUGACGUAAUCAUCGUACCUCGGGAAUGGCAAACAACAGAAAUCCGUGACCAGUAUUUUAAUUCCUUACGAGAAGCUCAAAGUGAUGACGAUAGUGACAAUGAAAUUAAAGGCGGAAAAUCAUCUGAAAAAUUAGACACAAAGUCCAAAACCAAAAAACUCAACAAGCCACCUAUUCCAGAUAUAAUUGAGGAUGAAUUUCGUCCAGAUAAACUUGCGAAUCGACGCUCUGAGAGCAGAAUGUCCACAGUGUCUAUAUCCAGAGGAAAGUUAGAUGUCAAAGGGUUAAAGGGAGCACGGGAACAUAGGGGCUCCAUUCCAGGAGUUCGAUCACCAAGCAUGCGGAAGCAGACACACGAUGACCUACUUUCCAGCUAUGGGGAAACCCCCUCCGAUCCCAGAUCCACAGCAAUGACCAACCCAUCCUUUGGACAGCAAGUUGUCAUUAAUUUUGCAAUAUCAUCCAAACUUUGUCAGGAAAAAGGGUGGAUCAUUGAGAAAGGAAAACCAGAGGUGGAGCCACAGAAAAUUUAUGAAAGCUGCAUUCAAAUCCUUCGAGACUUCAUGAAAAAAAUAGAGACGGAACAGAAAGAGGACUCGGAGAGGGGUCAUGAUAAAGAGGUCACAGUACGUUACUAUGGUGAUUACAAAAAAGAAGUCCUACUUAAGUACCGCAAAACUCCUGCAAAACCUCAAAUCAACCCCAUUUUCAAAACAGGUAAACCUAGAAUACCUCCUCUGCAUGAAGAGCGCAAUCAAGGGAAGAAACUCUUAGAAGCAACACAUCAAGACGGAACCAGUGUUGUGUACUAUCCUUCAGGUAGAUCAGCCAUUGUGUACUGCUCAGCAGGGGCGGAGCUUGGUCGCCCUGGUUACUAUCUCCUUGCCUACGAUGAUACAAAUGAGCACAGGAUGCUUGCUUGUUUCACACCUUCUGGAAGAGGGGUGUGCUACUCCACCAAUGGAAAUAUUAGGUUUUUGUCAACAGAAAAAGGGGGGCAUUUAUCAGAGCCAGAUGGUACUAUAGUUAGAAAAUGGAAAUGGCCCGUAAAUAAUGUCAAAUUGACCACGCCUAUUAAUAUACAAUUAAACAGUAACCUGGUGUUUCGAUGUAACGGUCAGAGUUCAAUGUCUCUGAUGUUUAGUUGUCAGAAGGAGUUGGCCAGAUUUAGUGUCAAUCCUGUACCAGGGGCAAUGGACUCCAAACCAGGGGAUGAAAACGAGCAGCUUCUGAUGACCUUUUCUUACUCCUCGAAGGCAGCACGAGACAUGAUGAGGCUGUUUGCCCCCAAACACAAGCAUCGGUCCAAGAGACAACCAGCCAGAAAGCAAAAGGGACACUUAGCAGAGAUACAGAAGCUGUUAGUGGACUUUCCAGACAAGGCGCAGUAUGAGCUGGAAUCUGACAAAGAACUCGCCAGGCUUCAGAGGAAGGCUAGGAACCUUGUUGAUGAUUGGCUGGAACAUUACCGCUUGGCCAUUGGACUAAAAUCACCUCACAUGAUGAACGUCCGUGACUCUCCGGACUUCUCCACUCAAGCACGCAAUAUACAAUCUGCUAAAUUAACAGACAGCGGGCAGGCGGCCAGACUGAAGCAUCUCGGCUUAGAGACAUUGGUAGAUUUAAAGAAACAGAGAACCCCCUCAGCACCUCUUGACCCCGUAGUCCAUGACAACUCUGUGUUUGUCACUCAGUGUUCUAGUAUGAAGGGCAGAUCAGAAACUUCUAAAUCAUUAGAUGUAGAUACCUCAAAAUCCAAAAAAGCUCAGAAGAGUGGGAACCAGAGUGCGGUUAAAUUUGACGACAGUCCUCAAGAUGGAGAAGAAGAUGUGGAAACGGCCUCACCCACAGCAAUGGCCAUGUUUGAGAGGCUCUCGCAUUCUGCGGGUAAACGAUCUGCCAGAAGUAAUGCUUCAGCUGUGUCCAGCGCCCCCUUGUCUCGUCAGCACACUGCCACAUUCAGGUCUGAAACUUCAACCAAUCUACAGUCCACUACCAAGAUUCCCUGUCCAAUCGCACUCCGCCAAAGGAUUCUGGGAUUGGACCAGCCCAUGUGCCGCUGUAGCCGCCAUUACAUUCCCCAGAUCAUGGAUAUAGAAUAUGAUGAAUUUAUUCAGAAUGAGGCACCAGAGAGUCAGCUUCUUGUCAUAGCUGUUAUUUCAUCAAUGUUCCCCCACACCAGUACUUCAGACCAGAUGAUAGAGGAGAUAUACUUAUCUCAGAACCGGAACCGAACCAAGCCUUGUGUCCAGAGCCGGACAGACUUGUUCCGGAUUUUCCAGUACGAUAUUAACACUGCAUCGGAAGGUUCCGACCACACACAACCUUUGUUACUCACCAGGCAUAAUGUAGUACCGGGCAUGUUUCUGAUCUACUUGGGUGGAAAACUUUUAUUUUGUGAUCAUAUAUUUAAUGGCUAUGGCAAUGCCAGGAAGGAUUUUAAGAAACAGCUGAUGAAAUCUAGAGUUCAAGCUCUGCAGGGGUUUUCUCUCCCUAAAGAUUUCAAGUUUAGCCCCUCCAGAGGUCGCAGUGGGAUGAGGAGUGCCUGGGGAGGAGAGAUUGGUGGUACAGGGGUUGAUCACUACGGAAAUCCAGGCACAGCUUUUGACGCUUCUCUAGUCCCAUUAUCCAGGUCACUCACGUCCCUUACUGAUGACAAAAAAGAGGCUCCCAUUGAAUCUGUCAAAAGAGUUGAUACCAGCGUAGUCCCCCAUGUUUCCAUUCCUUUGGAAUUCCGAGAAUUAGAUCCUCGUAGAAAUCUCUCAGCUCCUGGAAGGAGGUUAAUUCAGGGCUCUGUAACAUGAGAGUCAUGUGACCUUAGAAGCUAAAUAAACCGCUUAGAUAUAUUGAGAUAUAUUGUUUCUGUAAUUCAAAGCAUUGCAAACUUUCAUGUUUUGACAGAUUUUCUUGUCAAGUUUGUUUACUAAUGUGAUGCAAUUGUUGGAUGAUAAAUUGUGUAAAAUAUUAAAAAGAUGUGAUUAUUUAUUGAUUUUUGUGAUAUGUGUACACUUUUUUUUAAUAGGUAUGGCAUAAUUCUGUGAUAAAGAUUCAGUUAUAUAGUCUUGAAUUGCAUUUAUUGUUUUAUUUGAUGUGGGUAAUUUAUUGAUUAUGCCUGGUGUUUACAUCUGGUUGUGAUAUUACUGUAGACGUUUAAGCACAUUAUCUAGUUUGGGUUUAUAUAGGAACUAGAAGGGCUAUCAUUUUUUUUUCUGGAGAUGUAAUCCUCAGAUCAGAUAUUUUACACGUCACUGCUUCCAGUUUUUGUUUUGCUCAGACUAGGAUUUUUUUUUUUUGACUUUGUUGCUGGUGUUAGUCAAAGAGAAAUAUUAUCUCAGUUCUUCUUCAUUACUGUGUAAUGUUACAUCAAUCACUGAAAAAAAAAGUUAUUGACUGUCAUUUCCUGUGUGCUGAGACCUGAAAAAGAGUCACAUUUUGAAUGGAUGAAUGCUUGACAUGUACAUUCAAUUUGAAGAAAAUGAGUGGGUUUUUUUUCUUAACUGAUAUUACUUGGUGCUUUGUGUUUGUGACUACAAUAUGUUGUUUAUUUUCAUGCCAAGCAUUUUCAUUUGACCUUAUUUUUCACAAAUGUACAGAAUGUAGAGGUCAAAAACAUCAGUGUUUCCUCAUUGACUAUUUUUAAACUCUGUUCACCAUUGUGAUGUCAUUGAUCAUUGUGCAAUUUGUAAAUUCUCUGUCAAAGCAAAAGUAUAUUGUCUGCUAAAGCAAAAUCUAGACAUUAAGCCAUUGUCCUUCUAUGCACAUUGUUGUAAAAUUUCAUUGUAAUGUCUGUUUCAAACUUUGGGUGUGUACAUUUUCCCCAUUUCAAUGUCAAAGCAAAAGUAUAUUGUCUGCUAAAGCAAAAUCUAGACAUUAAGCCAUUGUCCUUCUAUGCACAUUGUUCUGUUGUAAAAUUUCAUUGUAAUGUUUGUUUCAAACUUUGGGUAUGUACAUUUUCCCCAUUUCAAUGUCAAACCUUAAUUGUUAUGCCCUCAGUAUCCCCCACCCCAAUGUCCCACUGUUUUAUCGGGUGUGCCUUAUGUUUACACAGAACAUUCAGAGCAUUAUUUUUACUACAGCAAGCCUAUUUUUUCUACCAGUAUUUUUUCACCCCACCCACCCCUAGUGCCUUAGUCCCUCAAAUAAAGUAACUAAAAAAACUUGAUUUGAUGCCCCUGAGAGUUUGUAUUGUGACUAAAAAAAAAUAAAUCAGUAUGGAUACUGCAUUUUCACUUAUUAAGGUUCACUGACCCUUUUAUAAGAGAGAUAACUCACAGGUAUUAAUGAUUACUAUUCCUUUAAAAAAGAAAAGGCAAGUUAAAAAGUGAAAUUUUGCACCACAAGAUAUGCUUAAGUUUUAAAAUCAAAACUUUGUGUGAGCGUAUCAAUAGAGGGGUUAAGAACCUAUAAAUUAUCAGUAAUGUUCCAUUAUUUCAGUGUUACAUGUAGCAGAAAUGUCAUAGAAAUUAUUUUUCCAUUCUUUGAAUUUUUUCCAUGUGUAUACAAUGGGUUUAGAAAGACCCUACUU